UGACCGUUGGGAUUGGAGUUAGCGAAGCGGCGUUUGUUGUUGUAUGAACUUAGCUGUGUUGUGUUCGCAAUAAACUAAUAAAGUUUUACGUUUUUAAACAUAAAUGACUCCGGCGUUGGACUCAGACGAAGAUGAUGCGGAGCAGCUCGACGUUUACGGAAAGGAACAGAGACAGAGAACCAACCACAGCAUCCAGCAGUUGAGCAGUGGACUGGAGCAGAAGAAUCCUGAUGGAAGUGAGAUGUUGGAGGUCGGAGACAGUGACGACGGCAGGUUCUUCCCCAUCAUGUCCGAUGAGGAAAAGCAGGCGUGGAGUCAGAAGAAAGGGAGUGAAGCGGUUAACCAGCUGAAAAGCCUCCUGCUGAGGCAGUGCAGAGACAUCCCUGCUUCUCUCUCUCCUUCACAGAAACAGUCUUCUUACAAGAGAUUAUGUGAAGACCAAAAGUCCACCUUUCCAGUCUAUCAGGAUUUGGUCCCAAUGAUCCACAACCAGUCAGAAUACAUUCAGCACCUGGAGGCUGAGGUCAAACUCUGUAAGGAGGAGCUGCAGGAGAUGAAGCAGCGGGUCAGAGUGGUGGUGGUGCAGAACGAGACGCUGCAGUCUGAACUUCAAUCCAAAUAUGUCGACGAGUCGCUGAAUGACUACACAAUCCAGAACUCUACGGUCAACAAGAGUCACGGAGGCCAAAACCUCAGUCUCUCAAUGAAAGGCCAGAGUUUGCAGCAGAAAACAGGACAAACACUGAGAAAUGAACUGGAACAACUAAAACAGAUUCACCAGGCCCAGGUCCAAAGUCUAGAGUCUCAGAUCAUUUCUCUAAGGAAGGAUCUGUCAGUCAGCCAGAAGGAGUGUGAGGAGUUGAAGAUUCUGCUCAGACGUAAGGAGAAACAGGCCGCUGAUGCUCUCAGAGCUGAUGGACUCCCCCGUGUGGCCGGACUGUGUAUUAAAUGUGCACAGCACGAAGCGGUCUUAGCAGAGACUCACACCAAUCAGCACGUCCAGACGAUUGACAGACUCACAAAAGAGCGAGAUGAGCUGCUGGUGGCUCUCUGUGCACUCAGGGCAAGCCAGCAGGAGGCGCAACAGAGGGAGUGGUCCUCCUGUCUCCAGGUCAAACAAGCUGUGGUGAUGGCAGAAGAAGCACAGUUGGAAAAAGCAAAGGUGGCGGUGCAGUGUGAGCAGUUGUCCAGGGAGCUAGCUCGACAGCGGGAACAGUUGGAACGAGACGCACAGAUAUGGCAGGCAAAGAUGGCGGAGGCCAAAGAAGAGGGACGAGCCGAGGUCCGUAAACAGAAGGAAGAGCUGGCCGAUACUGUUUCCAGUCUCUCGCAGCACGCCGCUGAUGUACAGGCCCAGUUAGACAGAGCCUACAGAGACAGAACCUCACUGACCAAUCAGCUGGAAGAUUCUCUACGCAAGCUAACCAACCAGGAGCAUGACAACACCCAGAUGUGUGUGGAGCUGCGACAUCACGUCAGUCAGGCCCAGCUGAGGAAGGACGAGGCUGAGCGAGAACUCCGAGAGACCAAGACCAAGACCAGCAGGCAGAUGGAAAAGGCAGCACAGGAAGUGGAAAGGCUAAGCUUGGAGCUGGUUGGCUGUCGUCGGCAUCUGGAGGCGGCCCAAAAGGAUGGUAGCCAAUGGCAGGCCGAAGUCCUGAGCCUGGCAGAACAGCUGGCAAAUGCCCAGCGCCAACUGCACCUCACCAGACAGGACAGAGAUUACGCCGAUCGUGCUCAUCAGGACGAACUGGAAUCCACACAACUCUCAGCUCAGGAGAUGGAGAGGAAGCUGAUGGUCCUGCUGGAGCAAAUGGAGUCUCAGCACCAGCAGAGAGUUGGAGAAAUGGACGCUCUGCUGACUUCCCAGAAUUCCUUGAUAAAGAGGCUGAAGGAGGAAUGCUGCGAACUCCUGACCAGAGUUGAAGAAGUGACUGAAAAAAAACAGGAUGGAGGACGAACACCACAAGAAGACAGUCAACAGUCUGAGAGCUCGCUGCAGCAGCAUGGAGAAACAGUGUGUCCACCACGGUCACAUGCACCAGCGCAUGAAGGACAGGUGCAGAGAACACACACACACACACACACACACACACACAGUGUCCACCUGACCAUCUCAGGAAAACAAUUUACAGUUUUUGUUCCUGAAUGAUUACUUUAACCUCCACAGUAGUGUUUAAGUACAUACUUCAAAUUCUAAAUUUUCAAAUCUUUUUUUUUUUUUAAAGCUGAAACAGAUUGAUGUGUUUGACCUCAGGUCAGUGAGUCCCGGUGUUCACAUCACUGUACACUCCCUGGGUCCCCUCCCCUUAUAUUUACUGUGCCCUGGUUGGAACACAGACCAACAGCUGGUCUUCUUAGCAGUUUAUCACAUGGUUUAUUUCUGGUGCUGAAGCUUCACACCUCCAUGACUCAGAUGAAUGACUGAUUUAUUCUUUUUUUUUUCCUCCUCGUAGCUUUAGCUGCUCAUCAGGAUAUGUUUAAACCGCGUGGCUGUAGUUUC